CCCACGUCAGUGUUAAUCAUCUGCUACUCUUUCAUAGAUAGGCUUUGGCACCUCAAAAAAAUUGACUUCUCCCUUGAUUAAACCAGUGGAUGGACGCUGCAUAUCUUUAUAAUGUCAGGGAAGGAUAUUAGAGUUAUCCUUUUGUUACUGAUCUUAGGAUGGAACUGUGUACAAACGAUAAAAGACCAGCAGCCUGAAUUGAGUGACCAGGAGCUGUUCUGGGGAGCAGACCAGUACGACUUUGCCAUCGUGCUGCCUGCUGGAGAUAUUGAGUGCUUCUGGCAUUUUGCACACCAAGGCGAACACUUUUAUCUCAACUUUAUGGUGCAGUGGGCGACAGGGAUGGGUGUUGACAGACACCUGUCAGCCACUGUAAAUGCUCCAAGUGGCCUUAUUGUGGGUUCAUUAGACGAUGCCACAGGGGAGAUUGCCUUCCGUGCUAAAGAGACUGGAUUUUAUCAGAUGUGUUUUAGCAAUUUCCACAACCGGUUUGGCAGCAUGCAGAUCUUCAUGAACUUUGGUGUGUACUACGAGGAUUCCAAGAAGGAUGACGAUGAGAAACAGUUGAAUAACACACUCGAUACCAUUGAUGUCAGCUCCAACCGGCUGCAGUCUUCUGUGUUCCACAUAUGGCGUUACUAUAGCAUUGAACGUAUGAGAAGAGCAACUGAUUACUACCUGCUCCAAUCCAACUCGAACUACGUCAGCACCUGGUCGGCUGCUCUCAGCCUCGUCAUCCUUUUGGCCGGAUAUUUCCAGCUCUUCUUCCUAAAAAGGCUUUUUAACACCAAACAGACUACAGAGACGGAAAAACCCCGGUGUUGAUCUAUUCUUUACAGAUGAUGGUGGUCACAUGGUUUAUAACAUAAAGGACAUGUUUAGACUUGUGAAAUUCAGGGGUUUUCCUCACUAGCACUCUCUCUGUGCUGUACUUUCAUAGUCAAUGAAAUGUCAAUAAAAAAAGAAUGGAAGAAA